CCCGCCCCGCACGGCCAGGCGAAGCGGAGCCGGCCGUGCGGUGUGUGUGUAUGUGUUCGCGGGGCGCCGUCUCAGCCCCGGGAAGAUGGUGGCGGCGGCGGCGGCGAUUGAGGCGCGGCUGAGGAGGAGGACGCCGGCGACGACAGCGCCCGCGGGCAGGACCGGCGGGCGGCGCCGGGGCUGGGACUCGACCAGGGCUGGGAGGCCGGGGCUGGGGUCCAGGCUGCGCCUCCCGCGGCUGCUCCUGCUGCUCCCACCGCUGCUGCUGCCCUGGGCGGCCGAGGCCGCGGCGGCGGCGGCGACGGUGUCGGGCUCAGCCGCGGCUGAGGCCAAGGAAUGUGACCGACCCUGUGUCAACGGCGGCCGCUGCAACCCUGGUACCGGCCAGUGCAUCUGCCCCGCGGGCUGGGUGGGCGAGCAAUGCCAGCACUGCGGGGGCCGCUUUAGAUUAACUGGAUCUUCUGGGUUUAUAACAGAUGGACCUGGAAAUUAUAAAUAUAAAACAAAGUGCACAUGGCUCAUUGAAGGACAGCCAAAUAGAAUAAUGAGACUUCGUUUCAGUCAUUUUGCUACAGAGUGUAGUUGGGAUCAUUUAUACGUUUAUGAUGGGGACUCAAUUUAUGCUCCGCUAGUUGCUGCCUUUAGCGGCCUCAUCGUUCCUGAGAGAGAUGGCAACGAAACUGUCCCCGAGGUUGUUACCACAUCAGGCUAUACCCUGCUGCAUUUUUUUAGUGAUGCUGCUUAUAAUUUGACUGGAUUUAAUAUCACUUACAAUUUUGACAUGUGUCCAAAUAAUUGCUCAGGCCGAGGAGAAUGUAAGAUCGAUAAUAGCAGCAACAGUGCUCAAUGUGAAUGUUCUGAAAACUGGAAAGGUGAAGCAUGUGAUGUUCCUCACUGUAUAAAUAACUGCGGUUCUCCUCAUCGAGGCUUCUGCAAUUCAAGUGAUGUCAGAGGAUGCUCCUGCUUCUCAGAGUGGCAGGGUCCUGGAUGUUCAAUUGCUGUACCAGCUAACCAGUCAUUUUGGACUCGAGAGGAAUAUUCUAAUUUAAAGCUCCCUAGAGCAUCUCACAAAGCUGUGGUCAUUGGGAAUAUCAUGUGGGUGGUUGGAGGAUAUAUGUUCAACCACUCAGACUACAACAUGGUUCUAGCGUAUGACCUUGCUUCUAGGGAAUGGCUUGCCCUGAACCCAUCUGUGAACAAUGUGGUUGUUAGAUAUGGCCAUUCUUUAGCAUUAUACAAGGAUAAAAUUUACAUGUAUGGAGGAAAAAUUGAUUCAACAGGGAAUGUGACCAAUGAGUUGAGAGUGUUUCAUGUUCAUAAUGAAUCUUGGGUUUUGUUAACCCCUAAAGCAAAGGAGCAGUAUGCAGUGGUCGGGCACUCAGCACACAUUGUCACAUUGAAUGAUGGCCGAGUGGUCAUGCUCGUCAUCUUUGGUCACUGCCCUCUAUAUGGAUAUAUAAGCAAUGUGCAGGAAUAUGACUUGGAUAAGAACACAUGGAGUAUAUUAGCUACCAGGGGUGCCCUUGUCCAAGGUGGCUAUGGCCAUAGCAGUGUCUAUGACCACAGCACCAGGGCCCUGUAUGUUCAUGGAGGCUACAAGGCUUUCAGCGCCAAUAAGUACCGGCUCGCAGACGAUCUCUACAGAUACUCUGUGGACACCCAGAUGUGGACCAUUCUUAAGGACAGCCGAUUUUUCCGUUACUUGCACACAGCUGUGAUAGUGAGUGGAACCAUGCUGGUGUUUGGAGGAAACACACACAAUGACACAUCCAUGAGCCAUGGCGCCAAAUGCUUCUCUUCAGAUUUCAUGGCUUAUGAUAUUGCUUGUGACCGCUGGUCUGUGCUUCCCAGACCCGAUCUCCACCAUGAUGUCAACAGGUUUGGCCACUCAGCAGUCUUACACAACAGUACCAUGUAUGUAUUUGGUGGUUUCAAUAGCCUCCUCCUCAGUGACAUCCUGGUAUUCACUUCCGAGCAAUGUGAAACACACCGGAGUGAAGCUGCUUGUCUAGCAGCAGGGCCUGGCAUACGAUGUGUGUGGGACACAAGGUCAUCUCAGUGUAUCUCCUGGGAGCUGGCAACUGAAGCACAAGAAGAAAAGUUAAAAUCAGAAUGUUUUUUCAAAAGAACUCUUGACCAUGACAGAUGUGAUCAGCACACAGAUUGUUACAGCUGCACGGCCAACACCAACGACUGCCACUGGUGCAAUGACCACUGUGCCCCAAUGAACCACAGUUGCACGGAAGGCCAGAUCUCCAUUUCCAGAUACGAGAACUGCCCCAAGGAUAACCCCAUGUUCUACUGUAACAAGAAGACCAGUUGCAGGAGCUGUGCUCUGGACCAGAACUGCCAGUGGGAGCCCCGGAAUCAGGAGUGCAUCGCCCUACCUGAAAAUAUCUGUGGCAUUGGCUGGCAUUUGGUCGGAAACUCAUGUUUGAAAAUUACUACUGCCAAGGAGAAUUACGACAAUGCUAAAUUGUCCUGUAGGAAUCACAAUGCCUUUUUGGCUUCUCUUACAACCCAGAAGAAGGUAGAAUUUGUCCUUAAGCAGCUCCGAUUAAUGCAGUCAUCGCAGAGCAUGUCCAAGCUCACCUUAACCCCUUGGGUUGGCCUUCGGAAGAUCAAUGUGUCCUACUGGUGCUGGGAAGAUAUGUCCCCAUUCACAAAUAGUUUGCUACAAUGGAUGCCCUCUGAGCCCAGUGAUGCUGGGUUCUGUGGCAUCUUGUCAGAACCCAGUACUCGGGGCUUGAAGGCUGCCACCUGCAUUAACCCUCUCAAUGGUAGCGUCUGUGAAAGGCCUGCGAACCACAGUGCCAAGCAGUGCCGGACGCCAUGCGCCUUGCGGGCGGCCUGUGGCGAGUGCACCAGCGGCAGCUCCGAGUGCAUGUGGUGCAGCAACAUGAAGCAGUGUGUGGACUCCAAUGCCUACGUGGCCUCCUUCCCUUUUGGCCAGUGCAUGGAGUGGUAUACCAUGAGCAGCUGUCCUCCUGAAAAUUGCUCAGGCUACUGUACCUGUAGUCAUUGCUUGGAACAACCAGGUUGUGGCUGGUGUACCGAUCCCAGCAAUACUGGCAAAGGAAAAUGCAUAGAGGGCUCCUAUAAAGGACCAGUGAAGAUGCCUUCCCAGGCCCCUUCAGGAAAUUCCUAUCCCCAACCCCUUCUCAAUUCCAGCAUGUGUCUGGAGGACAGCAGGUACAACUGGUCAUUCAUACAGUGUCCAGCUUGCCAGUGCAACGGCCACAGCAAAUGCGUUAAUCAGAGUAUCUGCGAGAAGUGUGAGAAUCUGACGACGGGCAAGCACUGUGAGACCUGCAUAUCUGGCUUCUACGGUGACCCCACCAAUGGGGGAAGAUGUCAGCCAUGCAAAUGCAAUGGGCACGCGUCACUCUGCAACACCAACACGGGCAAGUGCUUCUGCACCACCAAGGGAGUCAAGGGGGACGAGUGCCAGCUGUGUGAGGUAGAAAAUCGGUACCAGGGAAACCCUCUCAAAGGAACAUGUUAUUAUACUCUUCUUAUAGACUAUCAGUUCACCUUUAGCCUAUCCCAGGAAGAUGACCGCUAUUACACAGCCAUCAAUUUUGUGGCUACACCUGAUGAACAAAACAGGGAUUUGGACAUGUUCAUCAAUGCCUCCAAAAACUUCAACCUCAAUAUCACCUGGGCCGCCAGCUUCUCAGCUGGAACCCAGGCUGGAGAAGAAAUGCCUGUUGUUUCAAAAACAAACAUCAAGGAAUACAAAGAUAGUUUCUCUAAUGAGAAGUUUGAUUUUCGUAACCACCCAAAUAUCACUUUCUUUGUUUAUGUCAGUAAUUUUACCUGGCCCAUCAAAAUUCAGAUUGCCUUCUCCCAGCACAGCAAUUUUAUGGACCUGGUACAGUUCUUUGUGACGUUCUUCAGUUGUUUCCUCUCUCUGCUCCUGGUGGCUGCUGUGGUUUGGAAGAUCAAACAAAGUUGUUGGGCCUCCAGGCGUAGAGAGCAACUUCUUCGAGAAAUGCAGCAGAUGGCCAGUCGUCCCUUUGCCUCUGUAAACGUCGCCUUGGAAACAGAUGAAGAGCCUCCUGAUCUUAUUGGGGGGAGUAUAAAGACUGUUCCCAAACCUAUUGCCCUGGAGCCGUGUUUUGGGAACAAAGCCGCUGUCCUCUCUGUGUUUGUCCGGCUCCCUCGAGGCCUCGGUGGAAUCCCUCCUCCUGGGCAAUCGGGUCUCGCCGUGGCCAGUGCCCUGGUGGACAUUUCUCAGCAGAUGCCAAUUGUGUACAAAGAGAAGUCAGGAGCUGUGAGGAACCGGAAGCAGCAGCCGCCUGCACAGCCUGGGACCUGCAUUUGAUGCUGGGGCUGGGGACUGUCCGUGAGUGAGGUGUGGCUGCCAGGGCCUCUGCAGGGAAGGAGCAGGCAAGGAAAGGCUGUGUGAAGCGGGCGGAAGACUGGAACUCUCGGAGCGUCUGACUCAUCUGCAUGUUCACAAGCUUUCUUGGACGGUUUCUCUCAUCUGUGCGCCAGCAUCUAACCUUUUACUUUUGCAUAGGAAAAAACUGAUUUAAUUGCAGGUCCAGGGGCAAUCCGGCAGUUGGAGGACAGGGGUAGAGCCAGUGAGAGAGCUCAGGCUGAUGCUCAGGGUCGCAUGUGGAAAACUUCCUGGGACUGUCUCGACUGUGCAAAAAACAAACAUGUAGUGUUUACAAGUAGACAUUCGCCAUCUGUUGUUCUGAAAUGUGGUCUUUUAAAAACCAGUCAGAUGAAGUGACAUGUUUUCAUCAUCUGAAGCCUGCUAUCUUUUUUAAAAGAUGUGCUACUUGCACGAUUUAGGCAGCUCUCUCUUCCAGGGAGUAGCUUUUUUCUAGUUGAGAAUUAAUAAUGGUCCAUCUCUUUUGAAUCAUAUCAAACUAAGAUAGAAGGGGGCUAUUUUAAAUGUCAAGAUCAGCAGUGUUACUUAGAAUGUAAACUGAUGUAAUAGGUAGUUUUCUAUAGCAACUUGAUUUAGUCUUAAUCCACUUGAAAUUCUGUCUCUCACAUGCAUGCGUGCAAACGCACGCACACACAUACACACUAAGUGCCUAGACUUUAAAUAGAUCUAGCAAUUGGAAAGGUAGUAAGCCUAAGUUUUUACAUAAUUGCAUUCCUACAUUCUUACAAAAUUUAAAUAGCUACCAUUGGCAAUCUACUCUUUUUCUAAAAUCUAACUUGCAGCCAGGAAAGAAUUUUCUCACCCCAAGGAACGUUUAACAUAGCCGCAGGAACCAAGAGGACAUUAGAAAUGACCUAACUGUGAAAGUUCUUGUUUGUAUUGUCAAAAAGGACAUGAAAUAAGGUGUGGUCCCCGUGUGCCCUCUGCCCCAGGUCACUUCAGGCCUGCUGUUGGCUUCAGCCCUUCUGGCCACUCCUGCCAGGGCACCACAGAGGAAGAGACUUGCAUGUUGCGUGUCUCCCUCAAGCAGAAAAGAGUAUGACAGCACUUGGGACUCCUGGAUUGAAGAGCAACAGUGUGUUCCCAUAGCCUCCUCACACUGCAAGUGGAAUUGCACACCUGGGAAGGGACAGUCCCCUGUUGUCCAGCAGAACCUGCCCAAAGCCUGGAGAAGGACCUGGAGCUGUUUGCCCUCCUCUCUCCAGGAGAGGCCAGCAAUCCCAGCCUCCUUCCCGGAAGCAGGCAGUGGCCGUGGAGAGGGCCGCAAAUGGUGAUAAAGAUGAAAAGCACAUGGAAAAAAAGGAGGAGGAGGAAGGACUAUGCUAAACAGCAAGUGCCCGGUUGAAGUGGGUCCCUGCUCCUCUCCCCAUGGCACUGCCCAGAUGUUGAGUUGGCCUUAUCUGUGGUGUUCUGUAUUCUGGCAUUAUUCAGCAGCCUCCUGAGAUCUCUUCUUCAAAACCCAGGGUUCUGUCGCAGUACUCUAUUGGGAUGGACCUUUAGACAACAAUGCUUAAGUCUGUGAAUUUGGAAAAAUUAAUACUCAAAAGAGCAAAGGCUGCGGCAUUUCACCUUCAAAUGCAGUGCCUAGAGAGAGAGAACUGUCUCUUCCCCAGUGCUAACCCCAUGCCCUUGAAGAGUUGCCUGGAAAGAUGUUUUCAAGGAAGUUGAACCAUAGAACACUGAUGUACAAAACACCUCUACUUUGAGGCUUGCCUCUCAGAAAGCUGCUUUUUCACAUCAUUGUUAAAGAGCAGACAGUUCUAGAAAAGACCCCUCCUGUUCUACAUUCCCCAUAUCCCUCCAGAUCAUGGCCCCCACAGAGAGCCUGCCAUGAACUGGCCCUUUGCCCCCUGUAAUUGCCACAAGGCCUCUUGGUAGACAGAGGGAGGCCACUAAGAGGGUCCUCUCACUAGGAAAAUCCUUGUUUGUCCAAAAGACCAGUAUUUCCUUGACCAAAGGAAUCCCUUCUCCAUGGGUGUUCCAUACCUUUAAAUAACAUGCACCAUGUCACAUAGCCACCUGGUUAUUUAUUUUUCCUAAAAGAUAAUGUUUAUUUUUAAAAAGGAAGGAAAGAAGGAGCAAGUUUUGUUUAAUUCCACUCCAACAGUGGAGUAACAGCUGAUCCACCUGCUUUUCCUUUGCAGCCACUAGCAAACAGCUUCCUCCAGGCUCAGGCCCAGAGGAAAGGAGUGACAGGAGAAAGAGGCACUCAGCUUAGAGCCAGUUACCAAGAGAGUCACAUGGAACUUCAAAGAAAUGCCUGCGUGUCACGGGAGAGCCUGUAUAUAAAUUAAAAUAGUCAUGAAAACAUUGAUAUGCUUGUACAUAACUUAUACAGUAGUGCCCAGAAUGUUCAGACAUUCAGAGUGUACAUAAAACAGAAAACUAUC